AAAACAAAAAAAAAAACAAAAAAAAAAGAUUGAUAGAAUAAAAGAUACGCCAAAGAGAUAAAUAUGUUAUUUCGUAAGAAUUCGAUCUUACGACCUUAUGAUUUACGAAAGGAAAAGUUUUUAGAAUCUUUCAAAGAGAUAUUGUCUCGUUAAGUUAUAAAAGAUAUUAAUAAAUAUGCGUAUUAGUUUGAUAGAAUAAAUCAUAGUAGAAAAUAGUAUUGUUGAAAGUAAAGAGAACAUUUUAGAGACAUAUCCAGUGGACGCGCUUUCUGGCGGACCUGCGCCUGUCAAGCAGUCGCCAGCAGUCGGCAGCAGUCACGAAUGGUUGACCUAUGCAGUUGACUGUGCUGGUUGACCGAUCGUGCGGUAUUAAUCGCGCUUUUUCUUCUACGCGCUCUCGAAACAUUUAUACUUACUUUUCGGCGAUUUAAUCGUAUAGGAAGUUUAUCUUACGAGUGAGGUGAUGAUUAAUAAUCGUGAAUGGGCUAGACUUCGCAUCGGUCAGGUGAGAGACAGGUGGAUGGAUUGAGGAAAAUCGCCAGUCGAAAUACAAUCUAGGGUAAGGGAGUAGCAACCUCUUGGGGCCAGGGCCAGUCACGUGACCCGUAUGUUUACCAAAAUGGUGAACGUUCACCGUUCGGAAUGUACUUCGCUAUUUUAUCGAGCUUCCCUCUCGUACAAUGAUGAGAUCGAGCGAGGAUACACGGGAAUUCGAGUGAUCUAUUCAUUUUUACAUCAAUCUUCGCAGCUGCCACUAAUUUAAGUUUUGAUGUCUUAAUAUUUUGUUACCUUGUGCUUGGUUUGGUAACGCGGAGAGUCGUGAGCGAAAGUUUGAAAGUGGACGAAAGAAACUAUUGCUUUCCGUGUAUUAUAGAAGCAACCGUUGCUCCUACCUGAAAAUGAUUUUAAUUAUUAAUGGCGAUGACAACAUUCUUCAACAUGGUGAUGACUGAAGUCUUAAGUGGCCUAACUCUGUUUGCCAAUAAUGUUUAAUGUGAUGUGCGAUAGUUUUAUCUACAGAUGAUCUCUGAUAUAGGUUAGUGCAAAUGGAAAGUACAUUAAAGGACGUCUAAAUGACACAAAGUGUCUUAGCAUAACGCUGUGUGCUACGGCCAAGCAUUGCUAAAGAUGGCCACGUAUCAAGUUGACUAUCAGUGGGCUUAUUCUAUAAUGGAUUCAUCCAGGAUAUCCACUUUCCUAAUUUCAAUUCUACUGAUAGUCUAUGGCAGUUUCCGAUCCUUAAAUAUGGAACAGGAAGCAAAAGAAAGAGAAAAAGAAAGGCAACGUAAUGGAAUGUCGAGUAAUAGUAGUACUGGAAACAAAGGUGGUGCUAACGGAGCAAGAAUCCAAACCUUAGAUACAAUGCAUGCUCUCUGUCUACCUCUUGGUGCUUCCAUUUCUCUACUCGUCAUGUUUUUCUUUUUUGAUAGCAUGCAAAUGCUCUUAGCAAUAUGUACAGCCAUCAUAGCUACAGUUGCUUUGGCAUUUCUUCUACUACCCAUGUGUCAAUAUAUAAUUAGACCCUGCACAGAUGGAAAUAAAAUAUCCUUUGGCAUUUGUGGAAGAUUUACAGGGGCAGAAUUACUUUCAUUUUCACUCAGUGUGAGCAUAGUAUGUGUAUGGGUACUGACAGGACAUUGGUUACUCAUGGAUGCAAUGGGCAUGGGCCUUUGUGUAGCCUUCAUUGCAUUUGUUCGAUUACCAAGUUUAAAAGUAUCUACUUUGCUAUUAACUGGACUUUUGAUUUAUGAUGUUUUCUGGGUCUUCUUUUCAUCUUAUAUAUUUAGUACAAACGUAAUGGUUAAGGUAGCAACUAGACCUGCUGAUAAUCCAGUAAGUCUUGUCGCCAAAAGAUUGCACUUAGGUGGUGUAGCUAGGGAGGCUCCAAAACUUCCUCUACCAGGAAAGCUGAUGUUUCCUUCGAUGCAUCAAGCGGGACAUUUUUCAAUGCUAGGUCUUGGUGAUAUCGUUAUGCCAGGUCUUUUACUCUGCUUUGUGUUAAGAUAUGAUGCAUAUAAAAAGAGUCAGCUCUUGCCUGGUGGUUGUGAAACAGGAGUUCCACCACCACGACACUUCAACCGUAUUAGUUAUUUUCAUUGCUCCUUAAUUGGCUAUUUUCUUGGUUUACUCACUGCUACUGUAAGCUCUGAGGUGUUCAAAGCUGCACAGCCUGCCUUAUUGUAUCUUGUGCCCUUUACCCUUCUGCCACUACUGACAAUGGCUUAUUUAAAGGGGGAUUUACGUCGGAUGUGGAGUGAACCAUUCAUAUCUCAACAACCUUCUAUAUAUAUGGAAGUUUGACAAGAGUCAUGGCUCUUGAGAAAUUAUAAUACAAGAUUCAUUGUCAUUUAAAAUUUUUAGUUCUGGUCUUUGUCAGUAUCACUUUAAGUAAGUAAGAUUUUCCAUACAUGACACAUUCACAGUUUUUUAAUAUCAUUGAUUCAUAAAAAAGCAAAUACAUGUUCGAAUAUUAACCAGGACAUUACAUAGUGCACCUAAGAAUUUCUCUUAUAGAAUUAAUUUUCAUGAACAAAGUAAUAUUAAGAGUGGAGUACCGUUUAUGCACAAGUUAUCAUUUCUUUCUUUUCUUUCUUUUUUUAUAUAUAUAUUUUUUUAUACAUUAAAAUAAGAAAGAAAUAAUUUUUAUUUCCGAAAUACCAGCCAAUACUCCUAUUUUGUCAGCGUUCUUUACAUAUAUCUUAAAAUGUUGGUGUCAAGUAUGAAUAGAGUAUGUGUGGUAGAUAAUUGAGAGUAAACAAUAAGUAUUCUAAAAUUUAUUAGAUACGCUAAACUAUAAAAAUUAUUAUUUGGAAAAACAAAUUCUACUUGCUUUUUGUUUCAAUUUUAUUAUUAUUACUAUUAUUAUUAUUAUACUUACUAUCAUUAUUAUUAUUAUUAUUAUUAUUAUUAUUAUUAUUAUUAUUAUUAUUAUUAAUAUUAUUAUUAUUAUUAUUAUUACUAUUAUUAUUCUUUCUUUUCUAUUUUUACGAGAAUGUAUGUGCAAAUUGAAAACAUUGAAGUAAUUGAUCUGGAUAUAAAUGAAAAAUGCUUAAUAGUCACUCCACUCUAUAUUGAUGCUUCAGCAGCAGAAGAUUGCAUAAAAUAUUUUUUAUUUAUUAUUUACGGAGCAUCGAAUGAAUUGUACGUAACACCGAUUUAUAAUUAAACUAAUAUACAUUUGUUUGAAAAUUUAACUCUAAAUUCAGUGAAUAUGUGUGAGUAGGUUGUGACUUUCUUUGAAAUUAGGUUAGUAUAGGAAAAAGCAAUGUUUAUGUAAAUAUAUCAUUUUCAUAAUUUAAAAAACUCAGAGUUCCAGUUCGCUUUGGCAUUGUGAAUAAGCUUAACUUAUAGAAUUUUCUUACUUGUUCGAUGAACAAUAAAAUUGAAAAUAUUAUUGAAUUGCAAAAUAAUCAAUGUGAAAAUAACAUGAUUAAAGACGAACUGUAUAUUUGGGUUUUUAUUCCGAAAAAGUAUACCCAAUUUUAAAGAAAAAUUAAUUCUUUGAAUAGCUUCCUAAGCACUUGCUAUGGAUAGGAUACUUGAAAGACUUUAUAUGUUUAUUUAAAGACAAGACUGAAAAUAAUGUGUAUAAAAAUCAAUUUAUCGAGAGAUUUUUCAAGAACAAAUUUUCUUUAACUUUUGCCUGCAUCAAUUUAUAACAUAGUAGGUUGACAUAGUAUAAUACUACAUAAUAUUACAUUAAUGCAGUAUAAUACAAUAUAGUAUAAAAUAGUAUAAUAUAAUACACAGUAUGCUAUGACACAGUAUAAACAGAUCAAAUAAUUCGCGAUUUCAUACAGAUUAAAUAAUCAGUGUUUAUCAAUUGAACUUACAUUACGCAAAACAAAUGUAUAUGACGUAACAACUCAUCUUGUAUUUCUUUAAAACAUAUAUAUUAUGUUAUUAGAUUGUAACAAAUGUUGAGAGAAAGAUUUAUUUGUAUAUCAUGAUUCUAGAGUAUAAUUUUAUGUUCUCAAAAUAAGCAUACUUUUGCCAAGAUUGUUAAGAUGCGUUUAGAUCAAUCGCGUUAAUAUACAUGGUAAUCGUGCAGGUCUGCAAAAACAGUUGCGAAUGUUGCAAACCUUUUUAACGUAGGUUAUUAUUCGCGCACUUGCGUACGAUGUAUCUGCAAUAUUGAUAAUUGUAUCAAGCGAUUCGGCACGCUUUCUUCUGAGCGCACCUUCAUAUUUUUUAACAGUACUUCCUUAUGUUCGUAAAAAGUAACAGUGGCAGUAAGUGAUAAAUUAUUUUGUACAGUAGCAACAUAAACCAAAAAGUAUUUGAUUUUUUUCCUCAUAUGCUGAUUUACAUAUGUGGUUUUAAAAUAAAAAGAAAAAAAGAAAAAUACAAUGCGCGUUAUUUGUUAUUAUGCAAAUGAAAUAAUUAGAACAAAAAACAUUUUAAAUAGCAUCGUGCAAAUAAAAGCAUUGGAAAUUGUCAAGAUUUAUCGUGAAGAUUAAUUUCAGUUUCAUGCUGAAUGUAUGUAUUAGAAUUAAAUUACUCCCAUUCUCAAUCUGCUUCUUUGAUGGUGUUUUAUCAAUAGAUCCAAAGUGUCUAGUUGUGAAAAUAUUUUAAAUUAAAUACACUUUUUGGUACAUAAAUUAUUUAGUUUUUGCGUAAUAUUAUCUGAUACUUCCCAUUUUCUGUUUAUCUACCUGUCCAUAGCACAAACAAGUUUUCCUUUUAUCAUGAUAUAUCAUACGUUAUCGAAGUACGUUGUUUUCAGUCGAAUCGUGUUCUCGAUAGAUAAUAAUUUAUUUCUCUCUACGAGUAUUUUUCGAACUUGAUUUUUUGAUACUAUAUAUCGAUAACACUUAUGUGUAAUGCGAUAAAAAAAAAAAAAAGAAAAAAAAAAGAAAAAAGAAAAAAAAUAUCUAUAUAUAAGAUAAGGUUUAGAUUAAUCAUUCAGUUGUAUAUAUAAUUAAUCUAAGAAUAUUUAAAUUUACAUCACGAAUAUCUUCCCAUUUUUAAAAGUAAGAUCCUAUCUCUGAAGAUAUGUAUUGAAGCAUAUUUUUAGAUUAAAUUAAGUACCAUUUAAAAUAUAAUUAAUAUCGCGCCAUCAGAUAUACGUACAUAUAUAAAUGAAAACGUUUCUGCAAUUAGAUAGAAAUCUUAUGAAAUUUCUUUAUCCAGAAGAUGCAUUUAUAUAACAGUAUUUAUAUUUCAUUGUUCUCAUCCUGAUAUUAAUUUCAUUCAUAAAUAUGUUAUUUUGUAUAAAAGAAGAAGGAAGAAAAAUCUAAUAUUAUAAAUUAAAUCGAUUAAAUCGCAACUUAAUUUACGAUACGUUAAUGAAAAAUGCGUUAUGUGUAGUCAGGCAUUUAAAUUAUAUAUAACGAACCUCAGUUUCGUGGAAGACAGCGAUAUAAUUAUUAUUUACUAUGGAAUUUCGUGCAAAGUCUGAAAUUUUAUCGACAAAAAAUACUGUUCGUUAUGUAAAUUUAAAAAGAAGAAAAAAUAUAUAUAUAUACAUAUAUAUACAUAUAUGUGUAUAUAUAUAUAUACAUAUAUAUAUAUAAAACAAAGGCGCAAAAUGAUUCUUUGAUUUUUUUAAUCCAAAACAAACAGAAAAUUCAAAAAGAAUGCAUACGUAUGAUAGGCAAAAAGAAAAAAAAUGUUUAAUGAAAAAUUGAAAAUUGAAUCGUGCAUUAGGAAUUAAAUACCGUAAGAUAUAAUUAAAAUAUUAAACAAAAAAAAAAAAAAAAAAAACAAGAAAAAACAAAGAAGAAACGAAAUAAAAACGCGCGCCUAUUUGUCCCGUUGCAAAUUUUGAUUCUGACGUGUACAUCGAUGUACGUUUUUAUAUAUAACGAUAGAUAGCCAUUUUCGUUUGUGGCUGUGUUUAAUAAGUAAUUUAUUAAAUGUUUAUUAAUGUUUAUUAAACAGACUUAUACGUGUAUUUUCUUCACCACUACUAUGCUUAGAAAUGAUCGUUCUCGAAGAUGAUAUUAUUAUAUCCAAUAGGAACAUGUAACUUAUUCUAUCAAAAACUUGUACAUAUACUUGGUAUAUAUAUUUGAGUAAAUAUGUCCAAAAAGUUUCGUUGUUUUCAAAAUGUAAUGAACUUGCCAUUUAUAUUCGUUA